AUUUAAGUGGACACACUCAAAACGAAUGUGUGUUUAAAGAUGUCUAAAGGAUUUGUUGUGUCGGAGCAGAAGCUAGCUGAGAAGCUUGUUGUUCUCAAGGAACGGGGAAAUGGAAUGCUCACACGGAUUUAUAACAUCAAGAAAGCUUGUGGGGAUACAAAAUCUAAACCAUCAUUUCUCUCGGAGAAGUCCCUGGAGGGAAGUAUCAAAACGGUGGUGAGAAAGUUUCCAAAUGUUGAUCUGAAAUCACUGAGUAACAUACAACCCAUCAAGGAGGAGAUUGUAAAAUCUCUCUCCUUGUAUUAUUAUACCUUUGUGGAUCUGCUGGACUUCAAGGACCACGUGAGCGAGCUUCUGACCACUGUGGACGCGUGCCAGGUCAGCCUAGAUGUGACGGUCAACUUCGAGAUAACGAGACUGUACCUGGACCUUGUCACGAUCUAUGUUCAGCUGAUGAUCCUGUUGUCUAGGGUGGAGGACAGGAAGGCUGUGCUAGGACUGUUCAACGCAGCUCAUGAGAUGACCCAUCAGCAAUCAGAUCCAGCCUUUCCCCGUCUAGGUCAGAUGGUUAUUGAUUAUGAUCCACCAUUGAAGAAACUUUCAGAGGAAUUUGUUCCACACACUAGAACCCUUACCCACGCUCUUCUCUCUUUAACCAACCUGUAUCCAAGACGGAAUCUCUCCGCGGACCAGUGGAGAGCAGCACAGAUGCUCUCUUUAGUUUCCAACCCGUCCCAGUUACUUAACCCUGCUCACACGGACACUAUGCCCUGUGAGUAUCUAUCCCUGGAUACCCUGGAGAGAUGGAUUGUGUUCGGAUUCAUGUUAUGCCACACAUUUCUCUCACACCAACCUGCGAUGGAUUUAUGGACUCUUAGUUUGCACUCUAGCUGGACAACAGUCCUGUUUAGAGAUGAGAUCAUCUAUACUCACUCUUACAUUCAAACCUACUUCGAGUCGAUAAAAGGAUACAGUAAGAAGGUUGCCGAGGUGAAAGAAUGCUAUAAUGUUGCUUUAACCAGCGCCGCGGCUAAUCAUAGAGAGAGAAGAGUAUUUCUUCGGACCGCGUUAAAGGAACUGGUUCUUAUUUGCUCCGAUCAGCCCGGACUUCUCGGUCCUAAGGCUCUAUUCGUCUUCAUGGGUCUCUGCUUUAGUCGGGAUGAGAUUUAUUGGCUGCUCCGCCACAAUGAAAACCCUCCGCCGAGACAAGGCAAGGUUAAGAUUACCGAAGAUCUUGUGGAUCGAUAUUUACCUGAGCUCCUGUUCCACAUGGAGGAACUGAGAGCCCUGAUCAGGAAAUACAGCCAGGUGAUACAGAGGUAUUAUGUCCAAUAUCUAGCAGGGUAUGAUGCCGUGGCUCUAGCGCAGAUGAUACAAACUGCAACUUUAUCCACGGAGGAGGAGAGCGUUAUCCUGUCAUCCGUAUGUAACCAGAUAUCCCAGCUGACCGUGGAUAAUGUUGAGGAUCCGGAUCAUGUUUUCGACUUCAGAGCUCUUAGACUGGACUGGGCCCGACUCCAGAGCUACCUUUCCACUGGUAAAACGCCGUUGCUCGAGCGACAGAGAGAUCUAGCUGCUCUUCUCAACACCAUCAGUUUCCACACCCAGAUGGUGGACAACCUGGACGAGAUGAUCAUCGACACGUCCGACCUCUCCCUCUUCUGCUUCUACAGCAAGAUAUUCGAGGAUAAUUUCCAGAUGUGUUUAGAGUUCCCGGCACAAAACCGGUUUAUAAUCGCCUUUCCACUCAUCUGCGGACACUUCUCCAAUAUAACCAACGAACUCUGCCCGGAGGAGAGAAUACACAUCAGAGAAAGGAGUCUGAGUGUAAUCAACCUGUUCCUCGACGAAAUGGCGAAGGAAGCCAAGAAUAUUAUAACAACGGUUUGUGACGAGCAGUGCACGCUUUCAGAUCGUCUUCUGCCAAAACAUUGUGCACCUAUUAUUGCCCAAGUUGUGAACAAGAAGAAGCGGGAGAAAACUCCGAAAAAGUUUGAAUUUGAGAAACCUGGAGUCGAGAGUUUACGGAAGACUAGAGAAGAUUUAACAACGAUGGAUAAACUUCACAUGGCGCUCACGGAGCUAUGCUAUGCUAUUAAUUUCUGUUCAACAAUCAAUGUUUGGGAAUACACAUUUGCACCACGAGAAUAUCUCCAUCAGCACCUAGAGACCAGGUUCUCUAGAGCUAUCGCAGGUAUGGUCAUGUACAACCCGGAGACAGGAGAGAUUGCCAAACCAAGUGAGCUCCUGGCAUCUGUCAAGGCGUACAUGAGUGUACUGCAGAGUGUGGAGAAUUAUGUAAACAUUGAUAUAACACGAGUUUUCAACAAUGUUCUUUUACAACAAACACAACAGAGUGAUUCCAACGGCGACGCAAGUAUAGCCUCUAGGUAUACACAGUGGUACAGUGAUGUUCUGCUACGACGGGUGUCUGCUGGACAUAUCUGCUUUAGUAACACUCUCAGAUCUUUUGUCUCACUGUCAGCUGAGGGUGCUAUGCCGUUCAACGCCGAGGAGUUCACCGACCCCUCGGAGCUUAAGAGCCUGGCCGAGAUGCUCGGACCCUACGGGAUCAAACUACUCAACGAGACCCUGAUGUGGCACAUCCAGAGCCAGGUGACCGAGCUGAGGAAGCUGGUGUUGAUCAACAAGGAGAUCCUGAUUGCUCUGAGGACCAACUUUGAUAAACCGGAAGUGAUGAAGGAGUUGUUUAAACGUUUACAGAAUGUUGACAGUGUUCUGCAGAGGAUGACGAUUAUAGGAGUUAUCCUGUGUUUCCGUGAUCUGAUCCAGGACGCGCUCUCUGAGCAGCUGGAGGAGAGAAUACCCUUCCUUACCUCCUCAGUCAAGGAUUUUCAUUCCCACGGUAGUUCUCCUCACGAGACCAGUCUAGUGGCAGAGCUAGCCUGUGCUGCAGGAUACAGUAGUAGAGUUGAUCCAGCUCUACUCACUACACUCAGACAAACACCUAAGGGUGAGACAGAAGACGAAUAUCUUACUUCCUGUUUACUCAUGGUAUUCGUUGCAGUCUCUAUACCUAAACUAGCAAAGAGUGAAUCCAGCAUGUAUCAGGCACAACUAGAGGGACACUCGAAUAACAUCCAUUGUCUGGCUCAGGCAGUAAACCAACUUCUAGGGUGCCUUUUCUCCCUCGGAGGUCAUGAUGAUACAGAGGACAGGCUCAAGGAGUUCCUGGCCCUCGCUAGUUCUAGUCUUCUCCGGCUAGGACAGGAGUCCAGUCCACAGGAGACAAAAAAUAGGGAAUCAGUCUAUAUUCUGCUCCAUCAAAUAGUUCAGGUUUCUCCGUUCUUAACCAUGGAUCUUCUUGAAUCCUGCUUCCCCUAUUCUCUUCUUAGAAACUCCUAUCAUUCUGUUCAUAAGGGAGUUCAGCCAUCUAUACUAGUAGCUUGAAUGCUACAAAAUAAUAUUGCAAUAUUUGUCGUCUAGUAGAUAUAAAGAGACGGCGAGGAAAAUUUACUUGUUUGACAUUUUAGUAAG